AUGGAGCAUUCUAUACCCUCUCUGGAGCUUGAACAGGCUGAAGAAUCUCCAGAUCAAAGAGUUAAAGAGCUAGAAAAAGAGAUUGCACAGAUUGAAUCCAAUACUAGAAUGAAGAUUAAAUCUCUAGAAAACAGAGUCAAAGAGCUAGAAGAGGAGCUUUCAAACACUUCCAAAUUAAUAGCUUGCAAAGAUACUGAGCUGUCAAAGAAAUCAUUUUCAUAUAUUGAGUUGAAAGUAAAGCCAAAUACAUUUAAAUAUAUGUGUGGUUUGUCAGUUGAGCAGUUUGAAUUACUGUGGAAAUGUAUAAAACCUUACAGUCAUUUGAUUAGGUAUUCAAAUCAGGCAGAAACUUGCAGAAGAAAGGGACGUUUGCUUGACCAAGAAACAGAACUUCUCUCAGUUUUGACAUGUUGUAGGGAUGGUCUUGAUCUUGGCAUAAUUGCUUAUAUGGCUGGCAUCAGUGAAACAACAAUGCAGCGUAUCUUUACAUCAUGGCUUCCAUUUCUUACAUCUUUAUUUCAGUGUAUUGAUCUGAAACCCAUGCCAGGGUUUAUUAAGAAAAUGAUGCCAAAGAUUUUCAUGGACACAGGACAUAACUUAACAGAUCAAAUUGGGGACUGCACAGAAUUCAAGCUACAAAAUUCAUCCAACUUUGAACUAAACAGCCUAACAUUUUCAGAUUACAAAAAUACAACUACAGCAAAAGCAUAUGUGGGAAUUGCACCUCAUGGUGGAGGACUGAUCUUUAGUGAUCUAUAUCCUGGUUCAAUAUCAGAUUCUGAGAUUACAAGUUCAUGUAAUGCUUUAGACUUGGUUGAAGGUGGCCAUGAACUUAUGACAGACAAAGGAUUUGCAGUACAAGAAMUCUGUUCAGAGAGAGGAAUACUACAUAAUAGACCAGCAAUGAAGUCAAAUGACCAGUUUAAUGAAGUAGAGGUAGCUGAUAAUUUUGACAUUGCUUGUUUACGUAUACAUGUAGAAAGGUUUAUUGGGAGAGUAAGAGACUGGAGCAUCUUGAACAAGGUCUGGCCUGUACAGAGGAUGGACCUGUUGGAUUGUACAUGGAAAGUGAUCUGYAAUAUUGUCAACUUAUGUUGCGAACCCAUUGGCCCAAAACAGCAUCAUUCCARUAAACAAUAA